CCAACAUUUAACAUACUACAUAUCACACGAUAAUAAAUAAUAAUUAUUCACAUCAAAAAUGUUUUCCAAUGUUGUAAAUUAUUUAUUACAAAAUAUAUGCUUUCUUCUUCUUAUAUGCACCAUAUCAGUUUCGCCUGGAGCUAAUGAUUUGCAUUUCCACGACGGUUCAUCAACGGCAGAUAUCAUUGCAGGAGACGUGUUUUUUGAGAUAAUAGACCCUCCAGAGCUUAGGUAUUCUUACCGUAUAAGGCCUGCAAAGGAUUUUGGCGCGGCUUUUAAUGGAAGCAUUAGUUUUGAAAAAGCCCGCUUAGUUCCGACAAUACCUUUUCAUAGUUGUUCAGAUAUUAAAAACCAAGAUGAAAUCUUUGGCAACAUUGCAUUAUCUGAGAGAGGAGAAUGUUCCUUUGUGUAUAAGACAAUGAAGGCACAGUUGGCUGGAGCACAGGCAAUUAUCAUAACAGAGACUGUUGACAAAUGGGAUGAUGCAUUAGACCACCUUAUAGAAAUGGUGGAUGACAAAAUGGAGGUAGAUGUUAAUAUACCGGCUGCAUUCCUUUUGGGACGAAGUGGUGCGACCAUACUGAGAACACUAAAGAGGCUACACAAGAAGUAUGCUAUUAUUAAUUUGCCUAUCAACAUGACACAUGUUCCAAUAGGCAGGAUGAACCAACCUCCAUGGAUAUCAUGGUAACAGGAUUAAAAUGAGAGCAAAUGUCUUUGUAAAAUAAGUCUUCUCUUCCUGUAGGGUACAAUUAAGCUGAGACCACAACACUGCGAUGCGACGUCGGGUCGUAACAAUCUACGACGUCGCACAAUGCACUGAUCUUUCCGAUACGGUGCCGCACCGUACCAAUGUGGGGCGUGCGGCCUCUUCUAAUGCUGGCAGCUGCGAAGAAAA